CCUAUUUCCUGCCACUUUUCCCCUCUCAUAUUUCUCUCCUCCCCUUUUUCUCAGACCCUGCACUGCUAUGAUGGUGUAGCCCAGCACGCCAUCAAUGAGCCGAGUCCAACCUCGGUAAGGACCCAGAUGUCCCAGACGGGACACCUGAUCUAUUUGAGGGAGGAGAGGAGGAUGACCCCACCAUGUCCUUGCCCGACCUCGAUGACCGUCUCCCACCAGUCCCUCCACUCCACCGCCCACUCAACCCAUCCCAGGUACCUGUCGUCACACCCCCUGAUGACACUGCACCACCAGCUGCCAGUCAGGACCCAGGGGAUGAUGAGUACAUAGGACCUGAUGGGGUUAGUGGAUACCAGCACGUGGUCCUCCUGGCCACUAGUCAGCCACUGCCACCUCCACCCAGUCUGUCUUCCACCUCCCUCCCUAUAACGCCAGUCUUCCAAGACCUGCCUUCGACCUCCACUCCUCUUCCCCCUCCUGCUGGUGGACCCAAGGUUUCCAGGACCACCGAAUGGAGGAGGAGGAAGAAGCUGGAGUCUGGCAUUAAAGUCAGAGCGCACAAGCCAUACGAAGGCUAUAAGUGCUCUAAAUGUGGCAAGCCUAAAACUUCUGAGUUUGGACACAGUAUGUAUGGUUCUGUGAGAUUCUGUGCCGCUACCUCUGGUGGCCAAACUGUGGAGGAGUGACUGGCACUCAUGAGGACCCAGCAUGGUGCUAGCCAAGGCCAGUAAAAUCUGACUCGUGUGUACAUUGUAAAGUUGUUUUUGUACGUAUGUUCUUUGUAAAAAAAAAUGUACGACAUUCAUUGUUAAUCUCUUGUACAUUUAGUUAUUUUAAAAUCAUCUUAACUUGUACAGUAGGAUGGGUUGUUUCACACAUGACAUUCCCUGUGAAAUAAAUAAUUUAAUGCAA